CGCACAAUGGCGUCCAUGGACACCGACGAACUCCCAGUCGUUCUGCCCUCCACUACGACCUCGGGUCUCUCAAUCGCGCUCCACCCGCUACCUAUCCUCAACAUUUCCGAGCAUCUCACUCGUCUACGGCUCCAGACACGAACAAGAGUGCCAUUUGUUCUCGGAGCGCUACUAGGAACACAGACAGGCCGAGAUGUCGAGAUCGUCAACACUUUCGAGCUUGCUAUGGCUGAAGACGGCGCGGUAGUAGAUCAGGACUUCCUGAUUACGCGCAAGGAUCAAUACAAACAAGUAUUCCCUUCACUCGAAUUCAUAGGGUGGUAUACAGUCGCGGAACGACCUACUGCUCGCCACAUUGCUCUACACGAACAGUUCACCCCAUACAGCUCGACGCCACUUCUCCUUAUACUCCAACCCUCAACUGUUUUUGCUGCGUCCGCGGACUCAUCAGGCCAGUCGUUGCCGCUGAAAGCUUAUGAACCAACGCUAGAGAUCCGGGACCGCAAGUCGCGUUCCGUAUUCAUCGAAGCCCCGUACAAUGUAGAAACGGGUGAGGCGGAGCGCAUCGCCGUCGACUGGACCGCGAAGGGAGGGUCCGGAGGAACUAGCUUGGAAUCACAUCUGCAAACACAACGCGCGGCCGUCAAGAUGCUCCAUGACCGGAUACUGCUCCUCGUCAAAUACGUCGCGGACGUAGUGGCAGGUGCUGCUACAAAAGACCAUGCGACCCUCCGUGCUCUCUCGGCACUGAUCGCCUCUCUCCCUGCAAGUGAGAGUACGGAAUUCAGAGAAGAAUUCGACACAGAAUACGAGGAUGUACAACUUACGGCGUACCUCGCAACACUGACCAAGUCGGCCAAUCUCUUGAACGAUCUGGUCGACAAGCACGUCGUCCUAACGUCCUCUCGAGACGAUCGCCCGAGUAUGGGUGUCCGGCGAAGAGGCAUGAUGGGACGACCCACAGACUUCGAUCGCUUCCAUUAAUCCAUCUCCGCCGCCGUUCUCCGGUGCAGCAGCCUGAGAACGCUGCCAGUGCAAUGAUGCUUGCACUAGUGUAUGUAUAACCAAUCGUCGACAAGAGUCCAGCGCCAUCCUCUGCGAUCGUCCCUUGUAUCAUGUUCUCUGUACCAAGCUAGCAAUCAUUGUCGCGCAUGCCUGAGCAUCUUUGAAUCAC